AUGGAGCUGUGCAAGACCGAAGGUGCAAGAUCCUCACAUCUUUUGGGAUUUGCCAUCUCCAGGCGACCGGUCGCAUACAUUUGCCAUGAGGUGCCGACACCUGCGAGUGCCGCGAGCGCCACGCUGCCGACACCUGAACCGACGCGACGUGUGCAGGAACCGGGCCAACCGCGCACCGAGCAGAGUGAGGUGAAAACGGACAGCGCCAGCGUGGCCACCGGGCAGCAGUUCGCGAUCCGCUGGGUUGAUCGCACAUGGAUUGACACCUACGGACCGAGCUGGGCGACGCAGACACACCGUGUGAAGCACAGCGAGGCCCAGCAUGGCGGAUGUGAGCAGUCACUGUCCGAGAUUCUGCGCUUGUGGUGGGAUGUUUGGGAGAAGGCAGUCUAUCGCAUGGACAGUGACGGAUCGGACGAGCUUCCCGCGGUGCCGGGCACAGAGGAGCUGCAGAUGGCACCUGCGCCUCCUGCAGAUUUCUCCUCUGAGGAUCGUGCCUUGCACGAGGCGUUGGAGGAUUUCUAUUGGCGCCGGAGGGCCACGAAUCUGUCGAACAUCAACGCCAUUGUGGUGAAGUACCGCGGGGUGAACGUGUCGCAUUUGUGGGCACAACUUGCCAUCAAGCCGCCUGGCGAUGAGAAGGCGACGAGAGAAGACGUGUACAACGUGCCGCCGGCAGAGGGCGUGGAGAUGCUUGCACGAAGCCUUUAUGGCAGCUCGCCCUACGAGUACAGCCAGAAGGAGCCAGAGCUCCGGGUCCAACUGGAGGAGAAGUUCGCAGAGGUCCGCCGCGAGGUGCUCGCGGACGGCUUGACGCCCAGCAAGGCGCAGCUCUUGGACCGUGCGCUGCAGCGUGGCGACGGCAGCGACGCCUUGCUCCGACUCUUGACCUUUCGAGGGCUUCCGGACGAGGACCAACAACUGAGGGCUCAAGUCUGGAAGGUCCUGCAUCGAUUGAUCGAAUUGGGAUCUGCCAAUUCCGGACAGGUGCUACUGGGAUACCUGCCCAUGAAGCGUCAUGAUGAGUGGAAUGCCAUCCAAGGCGAAAAGAGGGCGAUGUACAUGAGCUACCGCAGUGAGUUGCUGUCCACUAGCGCCACGCAGCAAGUUUCGGUGAGCCGACGUCCCCAUAGCCCAGGUGGUGAGAUUGAAGAUGAGGAGCUUCUCCAAGAGAUCAAGAACGACGUCGAACGGACGCGUCGAGACUUGGAGUACUUCCGGCGGCCGGAGACGAAAGCCGCGCUGACCGCGCUGCUCUUCGUGUAUGCGAAGCUCAAUCCUGGGGUGCGCUAUGUCCAAGGCAUGAACGAGAUCGCAGCGAUCCUUCUCUACGUCAUGUCAGUGAAUGCAGAGAGUGCAGAAAGCGACGCAUUCUGGUGUUUCAGUGAGAUGAUGGUGGAAAUCAAGGAAGGCUUCAUGCAAGCGAUGGACCAUAGUGGCGAAGGCUACGACCCAUUGCUCGCCAGGUGCGGUGCGGCAGAAGCUCAGCCGCUUCUUACCCUCGCCGGGUGGGACCAGGUCGUUAGGCAUUUGCACAAGGCAGAGCUGUCCCUCUUCGUCUUCGUCCUGCGAUGGUGUACAGCAGCUGGGCAACAACUGUGCUUUGUGGUCCACACCUGUGUGGCGGUGAUCCUGGGCAAGCGCGAAGCACUGCUGGCCACCGACAAGCAGUUCUCCUUAGCCGAGAUCAUGCAAGCGGGUCCUCGCGGCACGGACUUCGACGAGCUCUUGAGACGGGCGAAUGCCAUUUGCGCCUUUGAGCGCCGUGGCGACCAGGAACCCAUCUUCCCACCCAGGAGGCUCCAAGUGAUGGACGACCUCAACGAAUGGGUUUGGUGCAUAGUCCGGGAUUUGGGCGCUGCGGCGGCGGUGGCCAGUGAGGUGGGUGCGGAAGUCUCCAAAAACUUCCAGGAGAAGAUCGCGCCGGUGGUCCGGGAGCGCGCCGGGCAGGCCUCUGAGAUCGUGCAGGACAAGGCCCAAGCUCUUCAAAGUUGGCUUCAUGAGACAGCACCCGCGCGAAAGGAAGCCUUCGAGCAGGCCAAGGGUUUCUCGCAUGACUCGGGUGGUGGAACUGGACGAAUUGGAGAGAACACAUCAAAUCAAACUGCAUCUAUACCAGAUCCACUACUUGCUCACAAUGGGUGGCGCAACCACUUGACACAUCCCCAACCCUUUGAGAGGGUAUGUGGAUCCUUCGGAAAAAUUCUGAGUUCUGCUGAAUUGUGGGGUAAGUCGCCAGGACAAAUAAAAUUGGAUCCCUACCCUACCACAAAUUUGACGACCACAUACAAUCGUUCUUUAGCAGCGAUGGUGUUUCAGUUGGAUUGA